AUGUCUGGCUUCGAGCUUGCGGGGGUUAUCUUAGGUGCGUUUCCCAUUGCUAUUUCGACCCUGAAUGCAGGAUUCGAGCAGUACGGCACUGUUGCAAGGAAGUUGAAACUGUUUUACGCAUUCAAGUCUGAACACAAGAAAUAUCGGGAUGAACUAAAGUUUAACCAACUAAUGUUCAACGCGAACCUCAGACGGCUUCUACUGCCUCUUGUGGUUAGCGAUGACAAGAUUGAAGUACUUCUGGCAGACCCAGGAGGCCCAGAGUGGAGCCAGCGUGAGCUUGAUAACCAUCUCCAACGACGUUUAAAACACAGCUAUACGCUAUUCUUGGAUUAUAUGAUCAACAUAAAGGAAAUCAUUGUUGAUUUGAACCGACAACUGACGAUUGUGGGCGAGGCCGCAAAAGACAAAGCAAAUCACGCGACUUUGUCGCUAAAAGAACGGGUUCUUGCCACGCUCAGCAAGGAGAAUCGAGAAUUUCUACUUUAUAAAGCUGGCUUCACCAAUGCAGAACCCGCUCGGAAACGCCUUCUGGACGACAUGAGAGACUGUAUUGAGAAGUUGGAGAGGCUAUUGAGUUCCAACGAUGAGGAGGCCCGCUUGACAGAGCAGAAAAAAACAUCACAUCAGAAACUAUCUGAUACCGCUGCCAUUUGCAACUUCUGGAAGUACGCUGUCAGGCUAUUAAGGGCCCUGGCCUCAUCCUCGAGUUGUAAUUGCCGACCUACCCACAGCGCCGAACUGCUACUGCAGCACCGAACAGGUGACGGAACAGAAUUUUGGAUUGAUUUCGUUACGUCCGACUACUCUAAAUGGGAGAUCUUCAAGACAAAGAUCACAGAAAGUAACGAAAUAAUCACCACCCAGUUACAGGACACGGCCAAAUUCCUCGAGAAAACCUCUGUUCGACAACCAAAUCACAGACAAUUGAAUCCAAUGAGGUCAGCGCUAAAGUCCUCUACCUUGUCGACAACGACACAAGUAACAAGGUACGUCAUCCUAAGAUCAUAUCCAGACUUCGUCAAGACUUAUAUAGUAUAG